AUGUCUUCCCUCGCAGAUGCGGCAAUGCGAUCAGAUGCCACCCCCCAAGAACCACCGAGCGAUGCGAAUGGAGGCAGAAGACGGCACGCGCGCUCUUCGUCUCGUCCUCGAGGACCACCCUCAGUCAGCACUCCGGGCGUGCACAGCGAUAUCGAUGGCUUUCCUGACGAUGAGGUUGUUGGAAGAAAAGGGAGAAGAUCAGCACCAGGUGGAACACAAGAUGUGCCGCGAGUGGUCGACACCACCGCAGAAGCGCUCGGCCUCCAAUUCGAGCGCUUCUUGGACAAGUAUGUUGAUUCGGAUUGAGAGAAUGGAGCUACUGCUGACGGAAUGCAGCUUUACUGAAGACCCCAAUUCAUCAGCUGGACCGACUUCCAGCGCGGUAACGACGGAUAAGUAUUACAUUGCGCAGAUCCAUGGACUUUGCCAAUUCCAGCUUUCCACGCUCUACGUCGACUUUACACAUUUGAUGGACCACUCGGCAGUGUUGGCAAAUGCAAUUCAAGGGGACUUCUACAGAUUUCAACCCUACAUGCUCCGCGCACUGAACAGUCUGAUCGCCAAGUACGAGCCUCAAUACUACAGAGAGCACAGACAGCCUGGUUCAACGACUGCGAGAACAGAUACUUCGAUGGCAACGCAGAGCUUGAGCGAAGAAGAGAUUGGCCAGACACCGAAUCAGCAGACGCCGAAUCAGCAAACCGACAAGAUCUUUGCUCUUGCAUUCUACAACCUCCCACUCGUCUCGAGGGUGCGGCAACUGCGAACCGAGCACAUUGGACAUCUGGUGUCCAUAUCAGGAACUGUCACAAGAACGUCAGAAGUGAGGCCUGAGCUGCAUUUGGCUACCUUCAUAUGCGAGGCUUGCAAUAGCGUGGUACCCGAUGUCGAGCAGAUCUUCAAAUACUCGGAGCCAACUCAAUGUCCGAAUGCCACAUGCAUGAAUAGACAAGGAUGGCGAUUGGACAUCCGACAGAGCACCUUUAUCGACUGGCAGAAGGUUCGAAUCCAGGAGAACAGCUCUGAGAUUCCGACUGGGAGUAUGCCCCGAACCAUGGACGUCAUUCUGCGAGGAGAAAUGGUCGAUCGUGCAAAGGCAGGUGAGAAGUGCAUCUUUACGGGUGCUUUGAUUGUCGUCCCCGAUGUCAGCCAGUUUAGAGUACCAGGAUCCAGGGUGCAGGCUGUCCGGGAUUCUCAGGCUCCACGCGGCGGCGACGUGGGCGGUAACGGGGUCGGUGGACUGAAAGCGCUCGGUGUUCGAGAUCUCACCUACCGAAUGGCUUUCCUCGCCAACAUGGUUACUCCUGAUGCCUCCACCCAGGGCCAGAGCGCCAACCAGCACCUCAAGGGCCAGGCGCAGAACAUUUUGAGCUCCCUCAACCAGAAUGCGGAUAUUAGCGAGACUACUGGCGAACAGGCACAGCAAGACUAUCUCGAAACGUUGACUCCAGCCGAGAUCGAUGACUUGCGACAAAUGGUGCAGCGAGACAACAUUUUCAUGAGACUGGUCGACUCGCUUGCGCCAAUGGUCUACGGCCAUACCGUGGUCAAGAAAGGUCUGCUGCUACAGCUUAUGAGUGGUGUCAGCAAAGUCACGCCGGAAGGCAUGGCACUGCGUGGCGACAUCAACAUUUGCAUUGUCGGCGACCCCAGUACGAGCAAGUCUCAAUUUUUGAAAUACAUCUGUUCAUUUCUUCCUCGAGCGGUUUACACGUCGGGAAAGGCCUCUUCCGCUGCCGGUCUGACAGCUGCCGUGGUGAAAGAUGAGGAGACAGGAGAAUUCACAAUCGAAGCCGGUGCUCUCAUGUUGGCUGACAACGGCAUCUGCGCCAUCGACGAGUUCGACAAGAUGGACAUCGCAGAUCAGGUCGCCAUCCAUGAAGCCAUGGAACAGCAGACUAUCUCGAUCGCGAAAGCCGGUAUUCAAGCCACACUCAAUGCCCGCACCAGUAUCCUCGCCGCUGCAAACCCUGUUGGAGGUCGCUACAACCGCAAGACAACCCUACGAGCCAACAUCAACAUGAGCGCCCCUAUCAUGUCUCGUUUCGAUCUCUUCUUCGUCGUCCUCGACGAGUGCAACGAGCAAGUGGACGAGCACCUGGCCAAACACAUCGUCGGUAUCCACCAGCUCAAGGACGAGGCCGUUCAACCGGAAUAUAGCACCGAGCAGCUGCAACGGUAUAUUCGCUUCGCCCGUCUGUUUCAGCCGGUGUUCACCGACGAAGCAAAGAGCUUCCUCGUGCAGAAGUACAAGGAACUCAGAUCAGAUGAUGCGCAGGGCGGUAUUGGACGCAAUUCGUACCGUAUUACUGUGCGACAGCUGGAGUCGUUGAUUCGUUUAAGCGAGGCCAUUGCAAAGGCCAACUGUGUUGACGAGGUCACCCCUCAAUUCGUGGAUGAGGCGUUCAAGCUGUUGCAGCAAAGCAUCAUCUCUGUGGAGAAGGAUGAUGUUGAAUUCGAAGAAGAGGAAGAUACUACGAUGGAUGCAGAUGCGGAACCCGGUGCUGCUAUCCUCACUGAGCAAAUGGAUACUAACGAAGACGGUGGGACGCCUGCUGGCUCAGCACGGGCUUCACAGACACCAGCACCUACGAGGAGAAGGACACAGAUCACGUAUGACGACUACAUUAAGAUCCACAACAUGCUCCUGCGACGAGUCCGCGAUGACGAGAACGAGGCGGAAGAUGGUGUUGAAGAAGAGGAGUUGUUGGUUUGGUACUUGGAACAGAAGGAGGAAGAGAUGGCGAGUCAGGAGGACAUGGAGACUCAGAAGAGUCUGGCGCGCAAAGUGCUGAAGCGAAUGGUCAAAGUGAGCGAUGUACGACAAACUAGAUUUCCGGAGCGUUUGCUGACUUGUGGCUUCAGGACAACGUUCUCAUGCAAAUCCGCGGAGAGGGCCUUGCUGACGACGAAGGACAAGGGCUGGAGCAAGAUAAUAAGGUCAUGUAUGUUGUGCAUCCCAACUGUGCCUUGGGAGAGGAUGCGGCUUGA